UCGUCAAAUCGAGGUCCGUUCUUCUUACUGGUCUUCGUCUUACUGUGGAGUGAGGUUUCCGUUCGCCAAAGAUUGACACCGGAAGUUCUAUAUACGACGAUAAGAACUAUGUCGUCGAAUCUAAGCGCCAAUCUAUCGGACGACGUUUUUAUUCUCGAGGAACGAUCGUUAACCGGUACCUAUAUUUUCGCAGCGAUCGUUCUGGGCUUUAUCGGUUUUUUUGGUUUUGUUUUGAAUCUGUUGGUCAUAGUAACGGUCGUCAAAAAUGCCAGUAUACUGUGGACUCCCAAUAAUGUGAUCCUUGUCAACAUGGUCGUUGGAGAUUUCUUAGUUGCUGCGCUAGGAAACCCUUUCGCAAUGACAUCAGCCAUCGCAGGUGAAUGGUUCUGGAAUCACGAAGUAUGUCUAUGGUACGCGUGGUUCAUGACUACAAUGGGAUUUGCCAGUAUCGGUAAUCUGACGGUAAUGGCACUGGAGAGAUUUCUGUUAGUCACUUGUCCGAUGAAGACAUUAUCAAUAAGGCAUGCUUACAUAUUGGCGUUCUUGGUUUGGAUGUAUGCGCUCUCCUUAUCGUUACCACCGUUUUUCAAUUGGGGGACUUACGGCCCGGAGGCAGGUAACAUAUCCUGCAGCGUAUCCUGGGAAAUACAUGAUCCUGAGACGCACAACGACACUUAUAUCGGAUUUUUAUUUAUUUUUGGAUUUUUUCUUCCCGUCAUAAUAAUCACCAGUAGCUACUACAGCAUAAUAAAGACUUUAAAGAAAAUAGGGAAAAAAAUAGGUGCGAGAAAUAGACGGGAAAAGAAAGUCACUAAGAUGGUAUACUUAAUGAUUCUUGCUUUUCUAAUUGCUUGGUCGCCAUAUGCCGUUCUUGCACUUGCAACUCAAUAUUUUUACGUACAAACUUCCCAUAUCAUAGCGGUGCUGCCAGCGCUCCUCGCAAAAUCGUCUAUUUGCUACAAUCCGAUAAUAUACGCAAGUAUGACUGCUCAGUUUCCCACCUGGAAGAAGAUGUUUUCCAUCAAUGAGAAUAACGCUAAAAAUAAGCAUGGAAGCGAACUCCAAACGAAAUAGAAACGAAGAGUACAUUUCAGCCAAGUUAAACGAAAAGACAUAAUAAAUAGAUUAUUAUGUGAUCAAUCAAUUCUUAAAAAUAGAGUAAAAGACAAUACAUGGAGAACAAUAUAUUCCUA